AUGGCUAUUCGCGAAGACCUCGUGGCCUCUGCGGUAAUCCUUCAGGAUCCCAGCGUCGCAUCGUCUUCCGUCGAGAACCGCAUCUCGUUCCUGCGAAGCAAGAACCUGACCCAGGAGGAAAUCGACGUUGCUCUGGCCCGAACAGGAGGCAAUGCGCCGCCUACACCGACUCCUUCGAGGCAGCGCUACAUCUACCCCCUGGUGGCACCCCCGACGCCAGAGAAGCUCGAGCAAGAUAAGAAAUCGAUCGAAGAACAGUUUGACCGAGCCUUCACUCUUGUCGAGCAGCUCGCAAAGGACACCGAGAGCCUUAAGACGGCUGAAAAGGAGCGAACAGAAAAGUUGGAUGCUGCGAUUGCGGACCUCGAGACCGUCAUGACAGACCUCAAGGCGGCCAAUCGACGACGAGAGGAUGAUGCGAACCGAAUCCGGGAUGAGGUCCAGUCCCUCAAGGACGCGAUCCCCAAGGCGCUCGAGAAUCAGAAGGGCCUGACCGAUGGACGACUGCGUGAGAUCAACACUGAGCUUACCAGCCUUAAGACCCUGGUUUCGCAGCGCAUGUCGAGCAGCGUUUCUACCCCUACAAGCUCAACCUUCUUGCGAGGCGCUAGCGGUAGCAUUAGUGGUGGUGCCAGCGGCGUCGGCAGCACAAGCACCCCGGCGGCUCCCAGCUCGGCCCCCAAGACCAACGGAGAGAAGACCGCAGUCGAGUCUACCACGACCACUCCCGCUGCUGAGGUUCCUAAGCCUACCUUCCCCUCGGCCCCCUUGCUUAACCGAUCCUCGUCGCCUCUUGCCAACAUGACUGGCAAGAAGUCUAUCCCUGCCUGGCAGAUGGCCAUGGCCAACCAGAACGACACCUCGUCGACCCAGGUCAAGGCGGACGAGCCCAAGGAGGCGGCCGCUAGCGGCUCCAGCUCUUAG